GCAUUAGUUUACUGGGCGAGAGUGUUUUGUUCUUUUACUUUUCUUUUCUCCUUUUUCCCCCUGAAGCACCAGACACAAGCCAGCAGCCCUGUCCCGUCUUGUAUUUCCCACAUGUCGCGAAAGCAGGUGGAUCAUGACUACAGCCUCCGUAGUAUGAGCAACCUGAUGGGCGACCGCUGGAAGAAAGUGGACGAUGGAGGAGAGCGGAGUCUCAUCAAGGCUCCGUCCAGCGCCAGCAUCAGCAGCCAGGGCGCCGCUGCCGGAGGGUCCGCCGCCGGUGCCCCUGGAGCGGCUGCCGGGGGAGCGGCAGGAGCUGCAUCCACUUCCUCCGCCGUGGACCUGGAGAGGGCUGCCCGCAAGCAGUUCCAGCAGGAUGUCACGCCGGGCUUCGUCUACGUCCUGGCCGUGUUCUCCGCGCUGGGUGGCUUCCUGUUCGGCUACGACACCGGGGUGAUCUCCGGGGCCAUGCUCCUGCUGAAGCGGGAGCUGGAGCUGAGCGCCCUGUGGCAGGAGCUGCUCAUCUCUUGCACUGUGGCCGCGGCCGCCCUGUCUGCGCUGCUGGGCGGCUUCCUCAACGGGCUCUUCGGGCGCAGGGUGUGCAUACUGCUGGCCAGCUUCUCCUUCACGCUCGGGGGGAUCGUGCUGAGCACUGCCCCAGGGAAAGAGGUGCUGCUGACGGGGAGGCUCAUCGUGGGAGUCGGGCUCGGCAUUGCUUCGAUGACAGUGCCUGUGUACAUCGCUGAGGCCUCUCCGCCCCACCUCAGAGGUCAGCUGGUGACCGUUAACACCCUCUUCAUCACCGGGGGACAGUUCACUGCCAGCCUCAUCGACGGCGCCUUCAGCUACCUGCAGCGCGAUGGGUGGAGGUACAUGUUGGGUCUGUCAGUGGUUCCCGCUGUGCUCCAGUUCAUUGGAUUCCUGUUCCUGCCGGAGAGCCCUCGCUGGCUAAUCCAGCGUGGGCUGACCCAGAAGGCCCGCCGCGUGCUCAGUCAGAUCCGAGGCAACCAGAACAUCGACGAGGAGUAUGACAGCAUCAAGAACAGCAUCGAAGAGGAGGAGAAGGACAGCGGAGGAAAUGGCCCGGUGAUCUGGCGGAUGCUGACCUACCCGCCGACUCGGCGCGCCCUCCUGGUGGGCUGUGGUCUUCAAAUGUUCCAACAGCUUUCAGGAAUCAACACCAUCAUGUACUACAGCGCCACCAUCCUGCAGAUGUCCGGAGUACGGAAUGACAGGCUGGCAAUCUGGUUGUCCGGGCUCACCACCCUCACCAACUUCCUGUUCACCCUGCUGGGAGUGUGGCUGGUGGAGAGAGUGGGACGCAGGAAGCUCACUCUGGGCAGCAUCAUAGGCACAAGUUUGAGUUUGAGUCUGUUGGCCACUGGUUUUCUGAUAUCUGCCCAGCACAGUCCUCCUGUCACCUUCCAUCCAUUAGACCCCGCCAUGGCCAACUCUACUUGCUCCAAGUACCAGCUGUGUGAGCCGUGCAUGCUGGACCCUGGGUGUGGCUUCUGUUACCGUGAGAAUGGCUCGGCACUCCUCGCCUCCUCCUGUGUUGCAGUCAAUAAGGCCUCCACCGAGCGAGCCGCAUGGGGCAGAUGCUCCAACUCCAGCUUGAUGAGAGAUCAGACGUACUGGGCCUACAACUACUGUCCCACCUCCUACUCCUGGCUGGUUCUGCUGGGUCUGGUGCUCUACCUGGCUGCUUUUGCUCCAGGGAUGGGCCCAAUGCCGUGGACCAUCAACUCAGAGAUCUACCCGCUGUGGGCGAGGAGCACAGGGAACGCCUGCGCCGCCGGAAUCAAUUGGACCUUCAACAUUCUGGUGUCUGUCACCUUCCUCCACCUGGCUCAGUACAUCACCUACUAUGGAGCUUUCUUCCUCUACUCCAGUAUGGCCUUACUGGGUUUCAUCUUCAUCUACGGAUGCCUGCCAGAGACCAAAGGCCGGCGUCUGGAGGAGAUCGAGGCGCUGUUCGAGAACCAGCUCUGCUCCUGUGGCGCCACCGAUUCUGACGAGGGACGGCAGGUCGAGUACAUCCGGGUCAAAGGCUCAAACUAUCAUCUAUCAGACAACGACGCAUCUGACGUGGACUAGGGAGAGUUUUGGGUGCUGUUGUAUUUUCCUUCUGCAGAGAUGUUGGUUGUGUAAUAUUUAUAAUUUUUUUAAACUUGAGCUAAGGAGUACCUGAUUUCCCUCACUGCUGUUUGAUAACAGCUAAAAAGUCCUUUUGCUUAUAUCAGCAAUGUGAGUUCACUUUCAAAUCAGUCAAUUCAGGAAGCCAAAAAUCAACGAUGAAGCUUGAGUUUGAGUGUGACCAUUUUGUUUUCAGAUAAUCUCUUGACUGAGGUUGAGCUGACAAAAAGCUGCUUUAGUAAACGGCUGAAUUCUCAACCAUGCACUUAGAAAAGACGAAAACAUUCUCUUUUCCACACAUAAAGAGAUUUUACAUAAAUACACAGAGAUCCAGUGUCAGGAAACAUGACAUACAUUCAUGUAAAAGGGACGUCCAGCCAUGAUGACGUAUUUUACAAAAGGAGCUGUGGCACAAAUUUUUCUUUGAGUAUGUAUCAGUUAAGAUUUCUAUAUAAUGUUGUACAUAUAGUACAGUACAAGAAGAAUAACACGACAUAGCCAUGGCAUUAUUAGUGAUCGUGGUCUCGGAAACCUGGACGUGUGGGUCCACAAUGUUGCCGUUGGCGUGACUGUCGUUGUAACUCAUCGUCGAUCUGUAGAACAAUUCUGCCUUUCAAUAUGAAACCCGUCUCAGUUACAUGUCGUUUUAAGCUUGUAGCAUCACGGAUUAAAGCAGCACUAUGUAACAUUUACUGAUGAACAGCGCCGUCUGCAGCAACUCAUGGUGAUUCAUUAUGUUGGGCUCAGUGUACAAGCAAUUGUUUUUUUAAUGUAGAGAACAAAACAAAGCCUGUCAAUGUGUUCACCAGAGUUCUGAAUGUGUAGUCCCUCUCACUGAACUGAAUAUUAACUGAACGUUGGAUAUUACCCAUGAUCCCCAGCUUCCUGAGCCACAAGAGCUGCUGCACACAACUCUUAAUGUUUUAAAUGUUUCCUCUGAAUAAUGGAGAUAAACUCUGGUUUGAAAUGACUUCUAAGUCAUUCAACAUUAAUCUUGAACUUGCUGGACCGGAUUCUGGCAAUCAAAGCUGCGACUUUCAGUCAGUAACACACUUCUCGCAGAAACACAUAACUCACCAAAGUUAUAUGGAGUAAGAACAGACGUUCAGAAUAAAGAGUGGGAAGGAAAUAGGCUCCAUUCUCCCUAUUACAAGUCAGUGUAGCAUCAAACAAAUUUUUGAGCUGCUGUUUAAGUUAGAAAAAGUUGCGUUGUGAUGCUUUAACGUCAGCUCCUCCUAGACUAGUCUCAGCUUAUGUUCACUCUCAUAUUUGUUAUGAAAGGCAAACACGAGAGCUGCAUAGUAAAAUUAGCAACCUUUAUUGUCAGUGGGUGCACAAACAAAGACACCACUGCAGUAGCACUGAGAGGAAAUAGAACUUAUACCAACUAUUUAUGUUUAUUUAUUUAUUUAGAAUUAUUUAGAAUUUUGUACAAAUUAUGAAUAUCUCUUCAGCAUAGUUUGUUUUUCUGGUUGGUUGUGUUCCCUAUCUGCGUCUCAAAAAAGGCUACAAUGGAGACUACAGUUAAAUCUACAAACUCAUUCAUUCUGUCACUAUGGCCCGAUACUAUAAACAAUAGCAACUCACCACUGCUGGAUAUAUUCUCUGUUUAAUAAUAUUUCACACAAAGACAGCCAGUGUCCUCUAUCCUUGGUGCUGAAUUAAAAUCAAUUAGUUUUAUAUUAACAUGAUAAUAUUAGUGCCUGUGUAUCGUGAAGGUGCCUAAUGGCCAUUUUUCAGUCACAUUCGUAAUGUGGACUUGUUAGUGUUUCGUCAUGUUAUAAGUCUACAUAGCUAUUUUUAAUGUGACAUGUACAUAUUUGCCUCUCACCUAUGGUGGAAUUUUAUUUUUGUAUUAUUAUUAUGAUUUAAUGUAUUUCUAUUUUUCGUCUUCCUCCAUAGCCUUAUGUACAAAAUAGCAGAGCUUACCAGUUACCGUACGUGGUUCUCGUGUCAACACGUCGAGGAGUAGGACUAAGUGUAAUUUGCCAGUGUUGUUUUGUAGAAGUAAAAGUGCGUGAGGUUCUUAGUCACAUACACAUAAGUUUCAGUGUAUCAAAAACUGUCAGUAAGUUAACAAGGGAUUCACUUUAACAAAAGUGAUUAAUGAGGCGUCAACAGGUUGCGCUGUUUCUGUGUUCGAUGAAAAAACUAAAUUACAAUGAAUUUAAUUUUUUUCCUGUCUUUAUUCAGAUUUCAAAGAUUUCCCUUUCAGAUUUUGUAAUAGUUUCUCUGAAGUCCCAGAGUUUGUAGUCAUAUAGCCCCUGCUUAUGCCCAAACUGUGCGCUUGCACUCAGACGUUUAGUUGCUUACGCUCAGAUUUCCUGUGCUCCAGCCUCAGUUCUUCUCCUCAUGUUGCUUCUGUGACACAUCUGCUCUACGACCUUUUGUGUCCAACAAGUCUGUCAGAAUUCCCAAACAAAUACUAGGUGUAGUGUUUACAAAUGAAAACUAAAGUUUUGCUCUCAAACAGAAAGACAACACCCUUAGGGGACAAAAAGCUUAACAGUGAAUAUUUAAAACGAUAAAGCUUUAGUACAGAAACUAUAAAAGGUCAAAUCCAUGCUUUUCAAAAUGAUUGGCACCGGACGUGUAAGCGACGCUGAAGCGCCCGGGCAGCGCUAAUAAUAUCACCCGUUGAUCCAGUAGUAUAAAAGCAUAUACUUACUUGUUGCUUCAACAUUAAGCAACAGCGUCCCAACAUGUGUCUGUUUUGGAUUUGUCUUUAUACAACAUGUUCUGAGGAUCAUACAACUCACUGUACUUCUCCUCUUUUUAUCUUUAUCACUGCUUGUGUGGCUGUAGUGGAUGGGCAGAGGGGGACAUUUAAAAAUGUGGUUGGUAAAAGUGGUAAAAUUAAAUCUCCAAGACAACAGAAGGUGAAUACAAAGUAUGGGAUGCAUAUUUGAUCAUUUAUAUCAUAUAAAAUAUUUCAUCAAUAUCGUUUAAAAUAAUGUUUCAGUGUGUUUCCUGUCGCGAUACGCUCGUGUCAAGCGGAUAAAAUAGACUCGACGCCGAAACAAUCGCUUCAGGUGCUAGGCAGCCUUGGCGCAGCGCGGCGAUUCAGCGUCCGGUGUGACCAGCACAACGGUUUAACAUGGGAGUGAAUGGGAGCCAGCUGUUUUUUAAGGCUUGGCACUGCGCUUUUACGCCACGCUUUGGCUUCGCUUCUGCGUCCGAUGUGAACCCGGCGUGAUUCUGAAACAUUCAACCAUGCAUCAGAACCAAACAAUUGGUUACAAGUGCUGGUGAGAAACAUCCUAGAUAAACUUUUCUGUUUUCAGAAAGAGACAAUUAACUUCGAACACUUUAUCUACUUAAUUAAGUCGUUUGAACCAGCUUGUUUAAACCUUUUAAGGGGGACAUAUUAUGAAAAUUCCCCUUUUUGUAGUGCUUCUACACAUUCAUUUGGGUAUCUGGCAUGUCAACCAUCCCGAAAACUCUGGAAAAAAACAACUCCCGCGAUUUGUUGUGGUUUCUCUAUUUCAGAAAUGAUACGCUAGAGUGCGUCUAAUGGGAUUACGACCGGAGUAAACGUCAUAGUCACAAAAUGUCCAUGUAGGGGCUCUCCCCGGCUAGCAUUAGCUCGCGAGCUGACCGGGCCAGUGGAGCCCGGCUAGCGUUAGCUCGCUGCUGCUACCCGUUAGACAUUUAAGUGGCUGCAUAAAGAAGGGACCCCCGCAUCACCUCUAAACGUUGACUCAACAGUGUGGAGGGAUGCUGCUGCUGCGCCAGCUCAGGCUCCAACUGCUCCCACUGCGGGGCUGCGUUGGGGAGCUGGGGCUCUCGCUGCCAGGCUCACCGUGGGUCAUUAAGACCCCAAGGAACCAUAUCAACUGUGGUAAAAUGGGCAUUAUAUGUCCCCUUUAAGUAAAUGGAGUUUUUACUGGUUUAAAAGCAAAGAAAAGAAUCAGUCCCCAAGUGAAGAUAUUGUUUUAACUCAAAACAACAGGAACUAGUUUUAUACCGAGAGUAUUAUUACAGAUAUAGCAUACGUCGAUGACCCAGAUUAUGUAACAAAAAGCUAAUGUUGACCAAAUAUCUACGCCGUUCUCCACCACAAUGGGGAAGUUUUCGUGUGUUCUUAUGGUGAAAUGGUUGUAAUUUGUUUUUCUAUGUGAACCAACUAGGUGUGUUUCUAGUUUACAAGGAACUACAGAAUACAAAUAAAAUACAACAAGUGAUGUAUAGUUUGUUUGACUAAUGUUGAAGCUUUAAAUGUUUUGCUAGAGUUUAUAUUCUAUAAAAUAAAAAUAUUAAUGACAUCUUAACACUUGAAUAUGUACACAGGGAAAGAAAUAAA